CGCAAACACCGCCGACCAAUCAAUUCAAACCGGAUGACCUCCGGAGUGACGCGGCUCUCCGCUGGGAGUGUGCGUGGAGGCAGCGGCGCCGGAGGAGAUGGAUGGACGGACGUCUGCAGGUCUCUAGCGCGGUUGUAAAACACGAGCAGGUCAGACACUGAUAGAGCAAUGCCAGGGAUAACCAAGUACAAUCUGGUAGAUGACGUGCACGACCUUAGGAUCCCCAUGCACAACGAGGAGGUGUUCCAGCACGGGGUCUGCUUCGAGGCAAAGUACAUCGGCAGUUUGGAGGUGGGUCGUCCUGGGAGUCGGAUGGAGAUUGUCGCCGCGAUGAGGCGAAUCAGGUAUGAAUUCAAACUGAAGAAUAUAAAGAAGAAAAAGGUCAACAUUGUCGUGUCCACCGAUAGUGUAAAAGUGAUUCUACGCAAAAAGAAGAGAAAAGGGUGCUCAUGGGAUGAGAAUUCCUUCCUGGUGACACAGGAUCCCAUCCACAGGAUCUUUUAUGUCUCACAUGAUGCUCAAGACUUGAAGAUCUUCAGUUACAUAGCCAGAGAAGGGCAGAGCAACAUCUUCCGCUGCAACGUGUUCAAGUCAAAGAGGAAGUCUCAGGCCAUGAGGAUCGUGAGGACGGUGGGUCAGGCGUUUGAUGUGUGUCACCAGCUGAACCUGCAGGAGAAAACCGACGACCAGGAGGAUGAGGAGGGGAAGGACGAGGGGUCUGAGGCGGUGCCAGCAAAGAAGAGGUUUGCGUUGUCAGAAGAGGCCGACCUUGAAGCCACGACAGAGGAGAGCAUCGAGUGCGUCUCUUCAUCAGACCCGGAGAAGAGUAAAAAAGACGAGGCCCUUGGUAACGAUGUGAAGGUGUCUGAUGACCCUUCUCCUCUGCUGGGUUCUCCCAUCCUCGGGGCGUCUCUGUCGGGUCAGUUGACAGCUGAGGCUCCCUGCUCUGCGGAGCACCACGUCCAGCUCCUUCAGAAACAACUGCAGCAGCAGGAACAGCAGGCGUUGGCAGCUGGAGCGCAGGUUCAUGUGCUCCAGGAGCAGCUGUCGGUGGAGGUGUGUGCACGGACCGAGGCCCAAUCAAGAGUGCAGAGGCUGCUGCAGCAGAACACUGACCUGCUGCAGCACAUUUCCCUGCUGGUCAAACAGAUCCAGGAGCUGGAACUCAAAGCUGCCGGCCAAUUGACAUCCAUGGGCUCGCAGGACAGCCUCCUGGAGAUCACCUUUCGCGCCAAGCCUCCCCAGCGUGAACGGCUCACCCUGUCUUCAUCGAUCGGCCAUUUAGCCUCCCAGUCCCAUCUCCAGAUCUGUGACAGUGCCUGGGUCUCCGCCCUCCCCGGACCCUGCUCUCCAGGCACCAUGGCUGCCGACACCAGCCCUCUGGGACUGAGUGGCGGUGGAGUUCGACUCGAGUGCUUCCGCUUCUCCUCCCGGGGGCCAGACAGCCAGGAGCAGGGCCUGGAUGCGGGGGAGACGCCCAGCGACGGAGCCCCGGAUGAGAUCUCGCUACUCGGGGAGCAGGUCCUCGGAGCCCUGGAGCUGCUGCGGUUCAGGGAGUCAGGGAUCGGAUCAGAGUACGAAUCAAACACAGAUGAGAGCGACGACCGAGACAGCUGGGGACAGGGCGAGGGCAUAGGGGCCGACGGUGCAGCUCGACUCUUGAACGUGCUGAACGCAGAGAGUCUGCCGGACUGCUUAGGGGAUGAGGUGGCUGUGUAGUGCUGCUGUGUGUAAAGCUGCACUAGGCAACUUUGUUACUUAUGUCCCAUCCCAAUGACAAAGAGGUGACAUUCAUUAUCUAAAGGACUUCAUGACACAGAAAUCCUGCAUGGUGACAUCAGUAUCUUACGCAGGUAUGAAUUAUGACUGAUAGCUGAACUGAGCGCUUACUCACCACAGGUCUGAGGAAAGUUUUAAAGUUUACGCUCAAGUUUUGAUUUGUCACUUUAUUUUUACUGAGCAGUGGAACUCAUAUAAGUAAAUCAUAAGAACAAAACUGCUCAUGAUUGAAUUAAAAGGACCCAUUGUAGUUUUGAAAUUUAGAAUGACUUGAUGACGACAAAAAUAUUUCAGAAAAACACACAGAAUAAUAAUAAGAUGAUAAGAAGUAAGGAUGAUAUGUGUCUACAGAUACAACAUAAAACGUACAGAUGUCAACCAAAUCAAGCUUGUUGUUGUCAAACCCUUAAUGUUGUCAUUUAAGUUAGAAUUAACUGUAUCUAAAGUUGACUGCUCCCCAAAAGUAAAGCCAGCGUCUUGAUCGCCACCUGGUGGCUGGCUUCAGUAUAGUCUAUAAACGCCUCCUCUGUUUUUGAGUCCCCAAUGAAAAAGUUGCGCCUAAAGGGUUUCUCUUUUCUAAUUUGCUCAAAGUGCAUGAAAGUGCUGGAAAUGGUGGGAGAAGCCUAAUUUUGCAACAAUGUUUAAGGUUUGGAGGUUUCAUGGACUAAAGCUGAAAAUCUGUGCUAUUUGUCCAUCUUUAUAUACAGUCCAUGUUAAUCACCAUCUAGUCUUUCAGUCUAUUCAAUUAGCACUA